AUGCAACGGUGCAACGUCGACGACACCAAGGCAUGGCCGUCGCUGCUCCCUCUGUGGCCGUGGCGAGCAGCGGCCGUGGCGCUGGUGUGGCGCGCUGUCCAAGCCCCCACGCACGGCCGUGAGGGGGCGCGUCGAGGGAGAGCAGAGCACACGUCAUGCGACGAGGACGCGGUCGUGGAGAGCAGAGCACACGUCAUGCGACGAGGACGCGGUCGUGGAGAGCAGAGCACACGUCACGCGACGAGGACGCGGUCGUGGAAAAAGCAAGCAGCGCCUUGUUCUUGUAGCGAUGACCCCGACCACGACGACAACCACGACGACGACCCUGCCCACGACCACGACCACGACCACGACCACGACCACGACCACGACCCCAACCACGACCCCGCGAGGCCCCAGCUCCAGCUCCAGCCCAGCCCAGCCUAG